CUCACCGUUCGCCACGCACUAAUCGCAAGCCAUACAACCCGCCUUGAGCCCGCCAUGGCAUAAACAACAACCACAGAUUCCUCCGAAAGAUGUCCUCCACCUUACUCAGCUUCCGAACGUACUCAUAUAAAAGCCCGAAGCUCCCCAGAAUGAACUCAAGGUUCCCUGCUCUUAAUUAGCAUCCAAACGCAAAAUGUCGUACCCCACUCGCAAAAUCGGUACAGAUGAUGUGUCUGCCAUCGGCUUUGGUUCGAUGGGCAUCUCUGCCUAUUACGGUGCCGUUGAGUCUGACGAAGAGCGCUUCAAGGUCCUCGAUGCUGCGUACGAGCGCGGCUGCAGAUUCUGGGAUACUGCCAACAUCUACGGCGACAGUGAGGAGCUGAUCGGCAAGUGGUUCAAGCGUACUGGCAAGCGCAACGACAUCUUCCUCUCCACGAAGUUUGGAAUCACCAAAGAGACCGCUAGGGGUGUUGACGGCACCCCCGAGUCGGUCCAACGCAACUUUGCUCGGUCGCUCCAGCGCCUUGGUGUCGACAAGGUUGAAUUGUUCAUCCUCUACAGGUCUGAUUCCGAAGUGCCUAUCGAGGAAACGGUGGCUGAGAUGGCGACACUGGUCAAGGCUGGCAAAGUCAAGUACCUCGGUCUAUCCGAGUGUACCGCCAACACCCUUCGUCGUGCACACAAGGUGCACCCGAUAGCCGUGGUUGAGGUCGAAUAUUCACCGUUCACGCUUGACAUCGAGGGCGAGCUCAACCUGCUCAAGACGGCGCGUGAGCUUGGCGUGAAGAUUAUUGCCAACUGUCCUCUUGGGCGUGGUCUGAUUACCGGUCAAUACAGAUCGCCAGAUGCCUUCGAGGCUGAUGACAUCCGCCGCAAGAUCUCAAGGUACUCGAGCGAGAACUUCCCGAACAUCCUCAAAUUGGCCGAUGGCCUGAAGAAGGUCGGCGAUGCGCACAACGCUACCGCAGCCCAGGUGGCCCUCGCGUGGCUCCUGGCGCAGGGUGACGAUAUCAUCCCCAUCCCUGGAACAAAGAAGAUCAAGUACCUCAACGAAAACCUUGAUGCUGUGAAUGUCAAACUGAGUGCGGAAUCCAUCAAGGAAGUGAGGGGCUAUGCCGAGAAAACUGACCACCAGAACGGCCUUCGGUACCCCGAGUUCCUGUGGAUACAAAUGUUCGUGGAGACACCGGAUCUGAAAUGAGAUGCAUGAUGCAUCAAACCAAAGUAUAUUCUUUUAACAGUAUCUUAUUGUACCACAUGCGUAGUGUACGAUUAAUACCCUUGAUUGAGAAGGGAUUUGCUGGAGUGUCAUUUUGGACUGUGAUAUGAAACUUUAAC